CUGGUCUGUAAGUCAUUUUGGUGAGGACAAGACAAAGAGAUUCCCGAAGUUGGGUUUGGCUCACAAGCUCUCUCCUCAAACUGGGUCUCACUCCAAACCUGCAGCAAUGGAGAUAAUGGCUUAAACCACUGAAGUUUGGCCCUUCUCUGAUUCAUUUACUGCAUUGAAGCAGCAAGGAAUUGGCCCAGUGUCAGUGAUAUUGCUGUAAUUUAUGAUGUCAAUUCCGGAGAAAUCUAGGCCGAGCUCAUCUGCUUCUUCUUCAUCGUCAGUUUCGGCCAAUGAGUUUGAUCCACUGCUGAAAGAUUUGAAUGAGAAGAAGCAGAGCUUUCGUCGGAACGUGGUGUCGUUGGCGUCGGAGUUGAAGCAGGUUCGGAGCCGGUUAGCUUCUCAAGAGCAAUCAUAUGUGAAGGAAACUCUCACAAGGCAGGUAGUAGAGACAAAAGCUAAAAAUAUGGAAGAGGAGAUUGGUAAAUUGCAGAAGAGAUUGGAACAGAGAAAUCUGCAGCUUGAGGCUUCAACAUCUAAAACUGAGAAGUGCCUCACAGAGUUGGAUGGUCUGAGGUCACAACUUGCAGCAACUCAAGAAACUGCAGAUACUUGUGCUGCAUCAGCUCAAUCGGCAAAGCUUCAAUGUCUGGCACUUGUAAAGGAAUUAGAUCAAAAGAAUUGUUCCUUGAAAGAGCAAGAUGAACGUAUAAUUAGGCUAGGAGAACAAUUAGACAAACUACAGAAGGAUCUUCAGGCAAGAGAGUCUUCGCAAAAGCAACUGAAAGAUGACGUUCUGAGAAUUGAGCAGGACAUUAUGCAAGCUGUUGCACAAGCAGGGGUUAAUAAGGAUUGUGAGCUGAGGAAAAUAUUAGAUGAGGUUUCUCCAAAGAAUAUCGAGAAGCUUAAUAAUCUUUUAGUUAUAAAGGAUGAAGAAAUAGGAAAGCUGAAAGAUGAAAUCAGGAUAAUGUCUGCUCACUGGACGCUCAAGACAAAAGAGUUAGAAUCACAGUUGGAGAGACAACGGCGAGCUGAUCAGGAACUCAAAAAGAGGGUAUUGAAAUUGGAGUUCUGCCUUCAGGAAGCUCGUGCUCAAACAAGAAAGCUUCAAAGGAUGGGUGAGCGAAGAGACAAAGCUCUGAAAGAGCUCAAAGACCAGUUACAACAACAGGGUGGGGCUGGUGCUUCACCUGCGGAAAGACCAAACUUUUGGGAAACCUCUGGUUUCAAAAUUGUGGUUUCCAUGUCCAUGUUCAUCUUAGUUGUCUUCUCAAAGCGAUGAAGUAGUUGCUGUGAAACUACUCUGUAUAAAAAGUAUGAAUCCUUAGCUUUUAGACUUUUAGUCGAGGAAUUAGUAAUAGCUGCAGAGGGCAUUUUGCUUGUAGACAUGCAUAUGCACAUUGUAGAGCUCCUCCUUGUGUAUCAGUAGCAGAGACAUUUGUUUUUUUUUUUUUUACCCUUCAAACCACAUUGUUAGUGUGGAUGUUGAAUCUGUGUAUGGGAAUUGUGGCCAGUAUGUUCUACUCUGCAUCACAGUAGUAAGUUUCAUGUUAAUGGAUGAUUAGGGCCGCAUCAGAGUCACU